AUGGCGCGAAAACUUCUAAUACGUCAGAUUAAACAAUUAAGAUCGCUCCGUAAAUUUUCCUCGAGUGCAAUUCUUAAAAAUCAAGACCAAUAUGUAAUUAAAUCGCCUCUUAAAGAUAUUGUGGUACGCGAUAUGAGAUUUUUGGAUCGGUUGUGGAUGGACUCUUCUAACUUCAACAAUCAUGUGGCUAUUGAAUGCGCUGAGACGAAGAAAAGCUACACAUAUAUACAACUACAGAAAAAUAUGGCAGUCUUCGCUACCUCGUUGCUAAAGAAACUGGGUCUGCAGCCAGGCGAUGUUGUGGCAUCCAUGUUGCCGAAUUGCCCACAGUUUCCUGUCAUUGCCUUCGGUACACUGCAGGCUGGAUGUGUGCUGACGCCCGUAAACCCUAUUUAUAAAGAACUUGAGGUUACUCAUCAGGUGUCAACUACGGAGCCGAAAGUGUUCGUUACCAUACCACAGUGUUAUGAUACAGUUUUAAAAGGACUUAAAAACGCUAAAAGUAAUGCAAAAAUAAUUGUCGUUGACAAUCCACAAGCUUCCGUUCCUGAGGGCGCAAUAAGAUAUUCGGAAAUAGUGGAGUUGGGUGAAGCUGAUUACUCAUUUUUAGAUAAAAUUGAAAAGAAAAAAGAUGACAUUGCGUUCAUACCUUUCUCAAGUGGAACUACUGGUUUACCGAAGGGAGUGGAGAUAACUUAUGGGAAUCUUUUAGCUGCUUGUGAAAUUAUGCAAGAUAAAAGGACAUCGUUCCCGAUUCUAACUAAAGGUGACUUCCAAGACAUCGUGCCAUGCAUAUUGCCAUUCUUCCAUAUUUACGGAUUAGUGGUUACGUUAAUAGGACAUUUGGCUAAAGGCUGCAAAUUAAUAUCAUUACCGAAAUUCUCUGCAAGUUUAUACCUCGACGUCUUAAAGAACGAGAAACCAACUCUGCUGUACGUUGUUCCGCCUAUUGCAAUUCUUCUGGGAAAGCAUCCCGACGUAAAGAGCGAGCAUUUCCAAAGCGUAAGGAAUAUUAUAUGCGGUGCAGCACCAUUGGCAGCAUCAGAUGUUUAUGCCAUUAUGGAAAAAAGUAAAAACAAACUGCAGUUUAACCAAGGGUUCGGUACCACAGAGACGACUUCGCUGACGACUUCCACUCUUCAAGACACUGAGGUUCUGGAUUAUUCAGCUUGUGGUGUACCCAUGGCCAGUGUUAUGUUGAAAUUUGUCGACCCGAUGACUGGGAAUCCUGUCCCUAUCGGGGAACCUGGGGAAUUAUAUGUUAAAAGUCCGACUGUAAUGAAAGGCUAUCACAAGAACGAGAAGGCAACUAAAGAAAGUCUAACGGAAGAUGGUUACUUCAAAACAGGAGAUUUGGGUUACUAUAAACCAGAAGCCGGCCUCUACAUAACCGACAGAAUUAAAGAACUGAUUAAGGUCAAAGGCAUGCAAGUGGCACCGGCAGAAUUGGAGAGCAUACUACGUUCCCAUCCAGCAGUACAAGAUGCAGCCGUUAUAGGAGUGCCACAUGAAUUCUACGGAGAAGCACCAAAAGCGUUUAUCAAAUGCAAGAACGGACAAAAAGCUUCUUCUGAAGAUAUCCAAAACUUCGUUGCAGAACGAGUGGCAGCGUUUAAAAAAAUAGAAGAAGUUGUGUUUGUAGAUGAAAUUCCAAAAACGUCUUCUGGCAAAAUAUUAAGGAAGGAACUGAAGAAAAUGUAUGCGUAG